UGAGUGGGGCUCUUGGGUUAGUUCCUGUUAGGCCCCGGCCCAGGGAGUAGGUGAAGUCUAUAAGAUGCCCGGUGGGUCAGGGCACUCGGAGCUGUGAGGGAACGUCAGGCGGCGGACAGCGGAGACCCGCGGCGGGCCUUAGGAGGAGUGGCGGCCGAGCCCGCCUUCCCUGCACCAUGCUCAUAGAGGAUGUGGAUGCCCUCAAGUCCUGGCUGGCCAAGUUACUGGAGCCUAUAUGUGAUGCUGACCCUUCAGCCCUAGCCAACUAUGUUGUAGCACUGGUCAAGAAGGACAAACCUGAGAAGGAAUUGAAAGCCUUUUGUGCUGACCAACUUGAUGUCUUUUUACAAAAAGAGACUUCAGGUUUUGUGGACAAACUAUUUGAAAGUCUUUAUACUAAAAACUACCUUCCACCAUUGGAACCGGUUAAACCUGAGCCAAAGCCACUAGUCCAAGAAAAAGAAGAAAUUAAAGAAGAGGUAUUUCAAGAGCCAGCAGAAGAAGAACGAGAUGCUAGAAAGAAGAAAUAUCCUAGUCCCCAGAAGAGUCGUUCAGAAUCUAGUGAACGAAGGACACGUGAGAAGAAAAGAGAAGAUGGCAAGUGGAGAGACUAUGAGCGGUACUACGAGCGGAAUGAGCUGUACCGGGAGAAGUAUGACUGGAGAAGGGGCAGGAGCAAGAGCAGGAGUAAGAGCCGAGGCUUGAGUCGGAGUAGAAGCCGAAGCAGGGGCCGCAGCAAAGACCGAGAUCCAAACAGGAAUGUUGAGCACAGGGAAAGAUCAAAGUUUAAGAGUGAAAGAAAUGACCUGGAGAGCUCUUAUGUGCCCGUGUCUGCUCCGCCUCCAAGCUCUUCUGAGCAGUACUCCUCUGGGGCACAGUCUAUUCCCAGCACUGUCACUGUGAUUGCACCUGCGCACCAUUCUGAGAACACAACUGAGAGCUGGUCUAAUUACUAUAACAAUCAUAGCUCUUCCAAUUCUUUUGGUCGAAACCCACCACCAAAGAGGCGCUGCAGAGAUUAUGAUGACAGAGGAUUUUGUGUACUUGGUGACCUUUGUCAGUUUGAUCAUGGAAAUGAUCCUCUAGUUGUUGAUGAAGUUGCUCUGCCAAGUAUGAUUCCUUUCCCCCCUCCUCCUGGGCUUCCUCCUCCACCACCUCCCGGAAUGUUAAUGCCUCCAAUGCCAGGCCCAGGCCCAGGCCCUGGUCCUGGCCCUGGCCCUGGUCCCGGCCCAGGCCCAGGCCCUGGCCAUAGUAUGAGACUUCCUGUUCCUCAAGGACAUGGUCAGCCUCCACCUUCUGUUGUGCUUCCCAUACCAAGACCUCCUAUUUCACAGUCAAGCUUAAUAAAUAGCCGUGACCAACCUGGGACAAGUGCAGUGCCCAAUCUUGCAGCAGUGGGAGCAAGGCUACCUCCUCCUUUACCCCAGAACCUCCUUUAUACAGUAUCAGAAAGACAGCCCAUGUAUUCUCGUGAACAUGGUGCUGCUGCAUCUGAGCGACUUCAGUUGGGGACACCGCCUCCUCUGUUGGCAGCUCGUUUGGUGCCACCUCGAAACCUCAUGGGAUCCUCCAUUGGGUAUCAUACCUCAGUCUCCAGCCCCACCCCUCUGGUCCCAGAUACAUAUGAACCAGAUGGUUAUAAUCCUGAAGCACCUAGUAUCACCAGUUCUGGUAGAUCACAGUACAGACAGUUCUUUUCCAGAGCACAGACACAGCGUCCCAACCUGAUUGGCCUCACAUCUGGAGAUAUGGAUGCAAACCCAAGAGCUGCUAAUAUUGUCAUCCAGACUGAACCACCAGUUCCUGUUUCAAUUAAUAGCAACAUCACCAGAGUAGUCCUGGAACCAGAGAGCCGAAAGAGAGCUAUUAGUGGUUUGGAAGGGCCACUUACAAAGAAACCUUGGCUGGGAAAACAAGGGAACAACAAUCAAAGUAAACCAGGCUUCUUGAGGAAGAAUCAGUAUACAAACACCAAAUUAGAAGUGAAAAAAAUCCCCCAGGAAUUGAACAACAUUACCAAGCUCAAUGAACACUUCAGCAAAUUUGGAACCAUAGUUAAUAUCCAGGUUGCUUUUAAGGGUGAUCCAGAAGCAGCACUCACAUACCUUACCAAUGAGGAGGCCAGGAAAGCCAUUUCUAGCACAGAAGCAGUUUUGAACAAUCGGUUCAUUCGAGUC